UUUCCUUCAUACGUCAUACUUUUGGUUGUUGGUGAUAUAUUUCUUAUAUUUCUUAUAUUUCCUCAGGGACGCGUCAGAACCAAGACGAUCAAGAAGGCCUCCAGGGUCAUCAUUGAGAAGUACUACACCCGUCUGGGUAAUGACUUCCACACCAACAAGAGGGUGUGCGAGGACAUCGCCAUCAUCCCCAGCAAGCCUCUGCGCAACAAGAUCGCUGGGUAUGUGACACACCUGAUGAAGAGAAUCCAGCGCGGUCCAGUCAGAGGAAUCUCCAUCAAACUGCAGGAGGAGGAGAGAGAGAGAAGAGACAACUACGUCCCAGAGAUUUCUGCUCUGGACCAGGAGCUCAUCGAGGUGGAUCCAGACACGAAGGAGAUGCUCAAGAUGCUGGAUUUCGGCGGUCUUUCCAACCUUCAAGUCACUCAGCCAACUGUUGGAAUGAACUUCAAAACACCACGAGGACUUUAAAUCAUGUUCAAAUAAUGCUGUCAAUAAAGAUGCAUAAACAAUAA